AUGUCCAUAUAUUUCCAAGGAAGUAACUGCAGCAAAUCUCAUUUCGUCUGUGACGAAUGUAAAUGUGGCCUUGAUGCACCAUUGAUGACAUCAUGGACUGAUGCUAACUUAGGACGUCGUUUCUAUGGAUGUGAAAUGUAUAAGGGACACAAAAGGUGCAAUCAUUUUGUAUGGUCUGAUGAGGAGAUGACUCUAAUAUCAAAAGAGUUGAUUUCUUCAUUGAAUGAAAGAUUAGGUCUGGAGAAUAUUAAAGUCGAAGAAUGCAAGCACAAAGAGGAUGAGUUGAAGAUGAAGAUCAAGUUUCUGAGAAUCCAGUUGAAGUUUACAAUUGGGAUGAUCAUUUUGUUGUUAAUAGGACUAGUUGCUACAAGUGUAAUGAAUUAG